AUGGAGUUUACCGGUGGCAGCUUAUCGGCAGACCAUCUGUGCGUGGUGGUUCAUGGGUUAUGGGGCAACCCGAACCACAUGCGAUCGGUCGCUAAGGCUCUGCGAGCCGCCCAUUCCGAAGACGAGCUGUAUCUCCUCGUCGCGAAACGCAACAGCGGCAGCUUCACCUACGAUGGCAUCGAGCGGGGCGGCGAGCGCGUCUGUCUCGAGAUCGAGGAGGAGCUGGAGAAGAUCAAGAGCAAAGGUGGCAAGAUAAAAAAGCUCAGCAUGGUCGGCUAUUCUCUAGGAGGACUCGUCGCCCGCUAUGCCGUUGGACUGCUGUCUGCCAACGGUGUCUUGGACCAAGUGGAGCCAGUGAACUUCACGACCUUCGCGUCGCCGCACUUGGGGGUACGAGUGCCCUCGCGAGGAUGGCACAACACAGUCUGGAACGGACUUGGCGCGCGGACUCUAUCCAUGUCAGGACGACAGCUUUUCAUAACCGACAACUUCCGCGACACCGGACGACCGCUCCUUGCCAUCCUUGCCGAUCCCGAUUCGAUCUUCAUAACAGGGCUGAAGAAGUUCAAGCGAAAAAUACUCUACGCGAACGUAGUGAACGACAGGAGCGUGGCGUACUACACGGCGGCAAUCGUCAAGACAGAUCCCUACACCGACACGAGCCGCGUCAAGCCCAAUUACGUUCCGGGGUACGAGGAUGUCAUACUUGACCCCAAAAACCCGGUCUCACCCCUGAAUCCAAAAAGCGAACCGGUAACGCUCGGCUCGGUCACGUCAGAGGGCCUAUUCUACGCCAAGCAGGCGCCCCUCGCCGUCGCGCUCGCCGUCUUCAUACCCAUCGGCAUCGCCGCCUUCCUGCUCAACUCAGUCGUGCAGAACCUCCGCAGCUCGCGGCGCAUCCGCCUACACGAGACGGGGCUCGCGGGCAUCGAAAUCGAGAAGUACCGCAUGCCAAUCUGGAUCAAGGAUAUCCGCGGAAAAGUCGAGGACGUGUACGAGAAUCUGAACGCCUCCCAGGGCCAGUCGUACCUGGUAGACGGGGCGUCGGACGACGAGGAGGGCGAUGACGCGGACGAGACCGAGAUCCUGGCUCUCGAGCGCCGCCAGUCGCACGCGCAAUCGCCGACGCUGGCGCUGGCGCCGUGCCAGUUCGCCAUGAUCAACGCGCUCGACGAGGUGGGUUGGCGCAAAUUCCCCGUGUGGAUCAAGAAGGUAAGGCACACUCAUGCUGCCAUUGUCGUGCGCAUGGAGAAGAAGAGCCAUGACGAGGGUCUUGUCGUCCUCGAGCACUGGCUCAAGGAGGAGUUUCUCAUGUGA